AUGUUUAAUACUUUUCCUUCUUCAUCCUUUCGCUAUUUAUUCCUGCCUUCAGUCAUUUUUUCGAUCAACAGAUGUGUCGUCUUCCGUAAUCAGUUGAUUGCUUGCUUUUUCUUGCUGUUGCUUUCUUGCUUACUUUCUCUCUUUUUUCGUUCUCACUCUCUUUCUCUCUCUCUCUCUCUCUUAUUCUCUCUCUCUCUCUCUCUCUCUUUCUGCAUCGAUUUGAAACGACUGCUUAUGCAUGCAUAUAUACAAAUGAGCCCAUAUAUAAAGUGGUCAGUUCUUUCUUUCUUUCUUUCUUUCUUCCUUCCUUUCUUUCUUUCUUUUCCCUUUCGUCCUUUGUUUAAUGGCUUGGUGACAGUUGAAACUGCUUUCUUUCUCCUUCUCCUUCAUCUCGAUGUGACAUCCUUCGAGAUAUUUUCUUCCUCUCUUUCCUUUUCCCAUAAGUAUCUCCUUUUGCUAUAUUUCCUCGCUUUCUUCUUUUCUUUUUCUAUAAGCUGUCUUCUGUCUCUCUUUCACCUCGAUGUAGCGGCAUUUCGUAUACGUCGUCAAACGGGUCCAUCUAUUCCACUCGGAGACGAAUUCUCCUCGCAACCUCGCGAACACGCCCUUUCGGCCCAUAUGCAUAGACAAGUUUCGCACCAGGACAAAUCUUGUGAGCCCUUCUGA